AAGUUAGUUGGUCCCGCUUGUUUAACUGAACAGGUCCCAGCAUAUGCCUUCAUUGGAUCUACCGGGUUGUCCUGCUCGAUUUUAAGCGGUUUUGAAACCAAUACUCAAGCUUUUCUUGUAUUUUUUAAAAACAUUUUUAACGCGACGCACAACAUUGCAAGAGAAAUGGCCGACUGGAAGGCGCAGAUAAGUUACAACUACAACCCCUCUUACCAUGCAUACGCCUACGGCCUCGUGUACCAACCCGGUCCAGAGCAAAACCACGGGAACCUGACCAGAUGGGGCGAAGCGGCUGGAGUCACAGAUUUGAGCAACUACAAUGCCGGGGUGACACCGGCCUACUACGGCACCACCGCCGCCGCCAGGACCCGAGAAGAGUCUCCCCCUGGCAGUCCGGAGCAGCACGCCAUGAACGGUCCUGGUCACUACCAGGGCUCCGGGGUUGUUUACGUCGGUGACACCCAGGCAGGCCGUCUGCUCAUGGCCGGACCUCACCGCGCUGCCUACGAUGCACGGGCACAUGAGGUCAGGCGGACCGGGAGCGACACGACCAGUGACUCUGAGACACACGCCUCACCAGAUUCAUGGAGUUCUGCCAGCAGCAGAGAAGGAAGUCUCCCCCAGACAGACCCGGCUACAUGGGGGAAGAAAGAGCUUGAUGAAGAAGCUAGCAGGAAGAGCCCUGGUGCCAGCGAGGAUGUUUCAAGCUCUCUCAUGGAGGAGCCAAUGACCUUUGCUGUCAAUGUGAACACCAACAACACUCUACAUGCACCCGUAACUGCCCCAAAGAAGCCAAGCACUACGGCUGUAAAUAACCCUAAAGGAAAGGUCCGGGCAGCCUUCUCAGAGAGUCAGAUGAAUGCUCUUGUCCAGCGGUUCAGUGUUCAGAGGUACCUCACCCCAGCUGAAAUGAAGACACUUGCAGAACUGACGGGGUUGACUUACAAACAGGUUAAGACUUGGUUUCAGAACCGAAGGAUGAAGCUAAGGAGGCACCAGAAAGACACCAGCUGGGUGUCUGAGUGCUACAACAAAGGCAGCCCGAUUCGUGGAUCCAUGUACACCAACAUGCCUUCGCAUAUCCCACCCUAUCAGGGAGAUGCCCGGCCUCAACUCAAGGAGCAUUACAACCACCACAUGAUGGAGACUGCCUUCAAGAAGACGCCGCAGAACUUGGCCUUCUAUGUGGCUGCUAUGAACUCUGCGACUGGAUCCGCUGGCUACCCCUCCUGGUCCCCCGGCUCAUCCCAGACUGCCGCGCCCUCCAGGCCCCAGACGUCUGGUUGGUCCAUGCCCCCUAGCGUCAGCCACUAUGAAUACAACCACAUUGCAUUCAACUCAGCCAACGCAGCCUCUGCAACUAACACUGGGGCAGACACGAGCUUCGACAGCAAAAAUGGGGAGCCGGUCGAUAGCCGCAGCUCCUUAAGCACAGUUGUGGUACAUAAUUGCAGCCAGUAGUCGAUGUUGAGCUGCACAUAAGCUUUUCUGUAAAAGUUACCUAACAGCCAUGUUAAUAUUCUUGUAUUCAAGUUUCCUGAUUGUAGUUUGUAAUUAAUUGAGGUCAUUUUUGCAUGGUCAGGUGUAUUUUACCUUGAAGUUUUAUUUUUUAUAUGAAACUAUUUAAUGUAUGUUGGUGUGUGUUCUUUGCGCUUGGUGAUACAAGAUGGGUCCAAGUUGGAUGCAUUUUUGGAUUACAUUGUUUUCUGGAACACAUUGUUUUUGGAACUGUUUUAAGACAAAGUGCUGAUGCAAAUCUGAGGCGCACACAUUUUUCUAUAAACUUGUUUUCACUUUUUCA